GAAGUCGCAGUCUUCAGCGGCGCCUCUGGCCUUGAGGCUCAGGACCUGGGCGCCAAACGCAUCGAAAUCAAUGCUCCAGGCUCGUACGAAGAAGGCGGCCUUACGCCCCCCGUCAAGGAGCUGACCUCGAUUGCCUCGCAGCUUGAAAUUCCCGUCCGCAUCAUGAUUCGCCCUCAUCACCUGCUCCAAGACUUCAUCUACACCGACGACGAGAUUGCUCUCAUGCUGCAAGCCAUCCACGACUUCAAGGCCACUAGAGUUCUCAACCCCAUCCGCGGCGACGGCUUCGUUUUUGGCAUCCUCAAGCGUCAGACCAAAGCCUCUACCCUUGCAAAGUACCCAGAAUUCAAGUACACCAUCGACGAGGAGCGCUGCAAACUCCUCAUCGACGCCGCCCGCCCCUUCCCCUGCAUCUUCCACCGCGCCUUCGACCCCAUCGCCGCCGGCGAGCGCUGGGCAAAGGGCAUCGACAUCCUUGUCCGCUGCGGCUUCGACGGCGUCCUGACCUCGGGCGGCCUCGGCAACUGCCACGAGAACCUCGAGAAGCUCGACGCAAUCUGCCACCGCGCCGCCCCCGGCAGCCUGCAGGUCAUCGCCGGCGGCGGCGUCCGC